AUGUACAAAUACAAGAUCAGCAUUGGGGAGGGAUUCAGAGAAAUGUAAAACCAAUCAAAGAAAGAAGGAAAAAAACAAGAUAUGGAGACGCUGCAUACUGGUAUGCAAUAAAUUGCAAUUUAAUUAUGCUACAGUAUUUGUAUGUAGUGGAGUGAUUUAAUAACGCCACAAGAUGGCGGUAAUUGUACACGGUGUGGGGUGACAUGGCUACAUCAUAAACUGGAGAAGAAGAAACACAUUGACGACGGGCAGUGGCUGAGCGCGAAUCCGAUGCGAGGGCGUCCUGCCUGGCUUCCUGCUGCCUGCAUCAUCCGCUGAGGCGCUGAUCAGGGACAGCCGAGCCGAACUGGAGAGCGGAGGGGCACAAUGGCGUUCACGUUCGCGGCCUUUUGUUACAUGCUCGCAUUACUGCUCACGGCGGCACUCAUCUUCUUCGCCAUCUGGCACAUAAUCGCGUUCGACGAGCUGAAGACGGACUACAAGAAUCCCAUAGAUCAGUGUAACACUUUAAAUCCACUGGUGCUUCCUGAGUAUCUCAUCCACUUCUUCUUCUGCGUCAUGUUCUUCUGCGCCGCCGAGUGGCUCACGCUCGUCCUCAACCUGCCGCUGCUGGCCUACCAUGUCUGGAGGUACAUGAGAAGACCAGUGAUGAGCUGUCCAGGACUGUACGACCCGACGACCAUCAUGAAUGCUGACAUCCUGGCGUACUGUCAGAAGGAAGGCUGGUGCAAGCUGGCCUUCUACCUCCUCUCCUUCUUCUACUAUCUCUACGGCAUGAUCUACGUUUUGGUGAGCUCAUAAGGUUGGACGUACGAAUGAUGACGGCGCAACGGGUCGGGAUGCUUGGAACUCGGAGCUGUGUGAAAACACACACACACACACACACACACACACUAGGGAGCCGCCAGAGAUUGCCACAAUCGGCAACACGAGACGCCAUCUUGAAUCUCUUGGGGCUCCGCCACAACAUUUUACGGACAAAACCGACAAGGACAUUUUUGUUAUUUUUCCUCUCAGCCCUGCUUUCUUUUUAGGUUUCAUGGCGGCUCCGGGUAGCUAGUCGACAACCUAAGAGUGUUUACAAACUAAAUAUUAUCCCGUGUGCGUUUUGAGAGCGCGAAUUGUAUUUUGGCAUAAAGCAGUGGCAACGGGAUGCAUUCGCCCUCUUGUAGUGUUCAUUUUGUGCGUUAGACCAAUUUUAAAAGGUAGACUCAACAACGCCGUGAUGUACUGGCCGCUAGUCGGUCACUUCCUCCAAAUACUGCGGAUGACCUGUACUGUUGGUUUAUUGUACUUCAUUCCCCACUCCCUCAAUGUUUCUGUAUUUUUCUGUUAUAAUUUGUAUUCGGACGUCUCCUGCACUCCUCCCAACGAGCCACGCUUGAUACUUCAAACACUAGCGUUGACUGACAUUUUCAAAUUUUGUCCAGAAACAGGGUGAAAACUAUCAUGUCGGAUCCUCAGUCACUUUUAAGUCUUGACCACUUGAGUUUAUAGGACGAAAAUAAAACCAUCCCACUCUGCUUUAGAUUUUAGUUUUUCUUUUUGGGGCUCUAAUCGUACCACGCAUCUUAAAAUUUGAAAAAAAAAAGCAGGCAUAGGCAAGCGUAUACAGUGUAUAUAAGCUAGGAUAUUGCUUACUGAGAGGUGCAUUGAUAUUUAGCAAAAGCAGGAAUUUUUCCCUUUUUACUUCGGAUUUAUCAUAAAAAGCUAGAAAUAAAGUUUUUUUUAUUUUUUUAAAGUGCACUCGAUGUCAUCACAAGGAGAGGAAAUGGCUCAUCGAGAAACGCAGCGCUCCGUGUGAAUCGCUCUGCUCUCUUGGUAGGCGGUGUAGCUUUCCCGGAAUUCAUGCAGGAAGUUGUAUUGCUGUCAAAGAGGAGAAAGGGGGGGGGGAGGGAGAUAAGAUAACUGUUGAUAAAACAUCUACAUAUUUACAAAAAGUGCUGAAAUUUGUGGUAGGGUGUGUAAAAUGCCAAUGAAAAGUCCUAAAAACUGAGAUGGCUACAUAAAAUGCUUUCAAAGUCCUGAAAACACAUGUACAUAAAAUGCUUUCACAAAGUCCUCAUUUCAGAUAUUCUACAUAAAUGACUUCAAAAAAAUCCUGAAGAUUUGAGUUUGUGUUUUAGUCCGAAAAAAUGACGGUAGUCUACAUAAAAUACCAUCAA